GGCAAAGUCAGACAAAUAUGUGCAGGUAAGAUGAUGGAGCAUUCUGGAAUCGUGCGGCCACUUUUCCUCAACUUCUGUAUUCAUUUCUAAGUUUGAGGCCCUACAGGCUUAAAAAUGACAUCACUAGAAUCAGAUGGUGCCUAUUGGAAAGCUGGGAUGCCCACGAAACGCCGGGUUGGCCCUGAUAACGGUAAAAAUAAGAUGGGGAAACGGUCGACAGCUGUCGCUCCUGAAAAUAUGUUGGAGAUAGGCAAAAAUGAAAAAAAUGAUCGCAAACUCAGCAGUUAUUCUACAAAUAGCGAUUCCAGCAAUUUUAGCAUGAUGGGGAACUCGAAACAUAAAACUGGCCGAUGUUAUGUUGAUCCUGUCUCUCACAGGGGAAAAACAAUCCAGAUGUUGACAAUGCUCAUUAUGACCUUCAUCCCAAUAGCUGGUAUGGUGGCAUAUGGUAUUUCCUAUGUAGCAAAUGCCAUAGAUGCCGAGAACCAGCUUCACAUUAUAGAACGCCAGGUUGACUCCGUAAAGGCGACCGAUGAGCUGGUGCAUGCACUGCAACUAGAACGUGCUGCGACUGUGUAUGUUCUGGCAACAAAUGGAUCGGAUACAUGGAGCCUUAACAAGUACUACAACGAGACCGACCAGGCAUUACUGAGCACUGUUGACUGGCUAAAAGAUCUGGACAUUGUAAGCAUAAAGGAAUACUCGACCAAAGAGGAUUUUCAUGAGCAUUUACAAUUCCAUCGCACACACCUACAAGUGAACCACACUUUCAUAUACAGAGAUAUGUCCUUCUACACGGAAGCCAUUAGAUUAAUGGUGGACUUUCUUAUCGCCUUUACGCAGGACGCAAAGCAUGGUAUCAUCUGGCGUCCCCUGGUGGCUAGUAAAAUGAUCAUCAGAGCAAAUGAGAACAUUGGAAAGGUUCUGGCAGCAGGGAUAGACUAUUUCAUUAAAGGAGCACUUCCCCUUGAAGACUACAGAUUUUUCGUCAGCAAUGUGGCCUUGGCGAGAGACAAUAUAGCGACAUUCCAAAAAUAUUCAGAAACUGCAACAAAACUCUACGAGGAAAUCUACCUGACGAAUACCAACUUACAAACUUCAGUAGAGACUUACCUGGACCUCGUAAUUGCUAACAAUAUUACUGAAGAAUGCCUGCCAUGUGCUAUCAACUUUGACCUGAACAUAUCAGAAUAUCUUCAUAUACUGAAAGUCAUCAAAGAGGCAGUGAAAAAGGAAAUCAUUGAUCUGGUGAUCACUGAAAUGGCCAAGGCAAAAAGUGAUGUUGCAAUAGGUGUGAUAACAUUCUGUAUCAUGUUCACCUUGUCUCCAGUUGUGGUUACUAUGGUGCACCGGUUGACAUCACGUCUCCAAGGUUACGCAAAGGAUGUGUCAAUCAAAUCACAAGAGUUAAAGAAAGCUAAGAAGCGUUCAGAUGAGCUACUCUAUCAAAUGUUACCCAAGACAGUUGCACAUCAGUUGAAACACAACCAAUCGGUUAGUGCAGAAUACUUUGAUGACGUCACUGUAUUCUUCAGUGAUAUCGUUGGCUUCACAAGUCUGAGCGCUAUCAGUUCCCCCAUGCAGGUGGUUGACUUUCUCAAUGCUCUCUAUAGCUUCUUUGACCGCAAGAUCCAGAAGUAUGACGUAUACAAGGUUGAAACUAUCGGAGAUGCGUAUAUGGUUGCCAGUGGCGUACCUCAACAGAAUGGCAUCUAUCAUGCGCAAGAGAUCGCACUCCUGGCUCUGGACUUACUCGAGGGUACCCAUACCUUUCAGAUUCCACAUCUCCCUAAUGAGAAAUUACUCAUGCGUGUAGGCUUACACUCAGGUAAAUCGCUACAACUGAGGAUAGGGCUGCAUACUGGACCCUGUGCGGCAGGUGUGGUUGGUAGUGCUAUGCCAAGGUAUUGUCUGUUUGGUGACACUGUCAAUACAGCAUCAAGAAUGGAAUCAAGUGGACUUCCUUUAAAGAUCCAUGUGAGCAUUAAUUGCAAGCAAACGCUAGACAAAAUUGGUGGAUUUUUGACGGAAUACAGAGGCACAAUUGACUUAAAGGGUAAAGGCCCAAUGGAGACGUACUGGCUAAAUGGGAAAAUCGGAAAUGUUAAAAGAGGUGCACGUGUUCCGAUUCAAAGCGAUUACGUUAUGCCAAGAUCUGACUCUCCGCCUCUAGGAUACAAAGUCCCCCAAAUUGAAUCACUCACGAUGGGCUACAAAAUCCCAGAUGUAGAUAUCGACUCAAAGCGACCUGGUUACAAGAUACCAGAAGAAGAUGAGAAAGUAGAUGAAUAUGGUAUUCCCUGUGUUCCAAGCACAUUCCCCUAUGCUGAUGUGGAAGCAUUUGAAGGUACUAGCAGUGUGGUACAAGGCAAAAUGAUCGGAAAUGUCAUUUCUUCAGAGCCCCAGUUGAAACAGCGUCGUCCACUGACCUCAGUGAAUGAUGCAGGAGUUUCCAUGCCAUCUACUAGCUCAAUGAAGGUGUCAGAAAAUGUUGGAAGCGGGUACAAAAGUGAAGGAAUUUUCAGUAGAUCCACUAACAUAUACGAUCAAGCAUCUCUUUACUUCUCUAGUUGUGGCACAUCUAGAGUUCAGCAUUUCCAACAAGAGGAGAUGAUCACACCCCAAGAAGAAUUAUUUGAGGGAUAUGAUGGAAAGACAAUUGUAUUGUAGGUUUAUUCUAGAUGCAAUCCAAAGCUUAUUCUAAGUGCAAUCUAAGGCUUAUUAGAGUUAUAAUCAUUGGCUUAUUCUAAGUUCAAUUCUAAGACUUAUUUUAUGUGUUAUCUUAGGCUUAUUUUAUGUGUUAUCUUUGGCAUAUUUUACAGUGUUCCUAACAAUUGCAUUCAUUCAGCCAAUUUCUAUCUAAUUUUGUCUUCUAGUUAUCAGUCAAACUAGGUUCUAUAUCAUUUGGCAUACAGAAUUACUUAAAUGAAUGAACAUUGACAUUAUAUAGUAUGAAUAUGGUACAGUUAUAUAUUAAUUGUUGUUUUUAUUUAAUAAAUAUAAUUAAUGUAGCAGUGGCACAAACAAAGGUUUGUUAUCGUGGAAAUUUGAUUUAUUUUUUGCAUUAUAAUAAAUUAACAAAGUUCAAAU